UGAAAACUAACCUCAAAUUUAAACUUUAAAUGAAUUCGAGUACAACACAAUUCUAAACUAUUUAUAAUCGAGUAAUUAUAUCCACAAACUUUAUUAAUAAAUAGUAUAUUAUGAAUUUAAUCAAGCAAGUCAUCCAACGAGUACCGAUUCGACCAACACUAGUCUCGAACCUGCCGCAAAUAAAAUGUAUAUCGGACAAUAUUACAGGUUUAUUAUCUAACAAACUAUCAUGCCUGACUAUCCAAGAAAGAUAUGGUUCAUCGUUGUAUCAAAUGCACAGGAAAGGGCCCCACAUAAAGCAAAGGAAAUGUCGCAAUCCCUUCGACGGUAACCCUUUCAUGAAAGGCGUCGUAUUGAAAACGUUGAUCAGAAAACCGAAGAAACCCAAUUCGGCUAAUAGGAAAUGCGUUUUAGUACGAUUAUCGAACGGCAAAGAAAUGAUAGCGUACAUACCGGGCGUCGGUCAUAAUUUACAGGAGCACAACAUAGUCCUGUGUCAAGUGGGUCGAGUGAAAGAUUGCCCCGGUGUGAAGAUACGAUGCGUCCGAGGGAAAUACGACCUCUCGCAUGUGAUUAAAGACAAAAAGUAGACCGUCGUAAGCGGAAAAUCCUUACUUCAUUUUAAUCGUAUUUGCAAAUAAAUCAAUUCAGGUAGGA